AUGAAGAAGUGGGAUGGAAAACCUGCCUUGACUCUAGAGGCAUGGGAACGUGAGUUACAAGGAAAAGCAAUCACAAAGGGGAUUCUUCCAGUAAAAUCACUGCUCCAGUUUCCAGUGGGCAGUUCCCCAGACAGAGUAGAAGAGAUUAUCCUAAUUCCAGCCUUAAGGAAGGGACUUCUGAUUUGCAUUUACAAGAAGAGUUUGGCUUUAAUAGGACAGAAGUGUACGAGUCCUAAGACGAGCAAAAAUCAAAUUAAAGUAGAUCUUGUAGAUGAGAAUUUUACAGAAUUAAGAGGAGAAAUAGCAGGACCUCCGGAUACACCGUAUGAAGGUGGAAGGUAUCAACUAGAGAUAAAAAUUCCAGAAACAUAUCCGUUUAAUCCUCCUAAGGUGCGGUUUAUCACCAAAAUAUGGCAUCCUAAUAUUAGCUCAGUUACUGGAGCCAUUUGUUUGGAUAUUCUGAAAGAUCAAUGGGCAGCAGCAAUGACUCUACGAACAGUGUUGUUAUCGCUGCAAGCAUUGUUGGCAGCUGCAGAACCAGAUGAUCCACAAGAUGCAGUAGUGGCAAACCAGUACAAACAAAAUCCAGAAAUGUUUAAACAGACAGCUCGACUUUGGGCACAUGUGUAUGCUGGAGCACCAGUUUCUAGUCCAGAAUACACCAAAAAAAUAGAAAACCUUUGUGCUAUGGGCUUUGAUAGGAAUGCAGUAAUAGUGGCCUUGUCUUCAAAAUCAUGGGAUGUAGAGACUGCAACAGAAUUACUCCUGAGUAACUGAGCCAUGUAGAGAGAGCUGCUUCAGUAGUCCAGCUUGCCCCUUCUGGAGGAGCAUCACCAUCUGUUAUUUUUAGGAUUCUAUAUAGAUUCUCUUUUAAAACUGGCACUCUUGCCUGAUGAUGCUAUCUAGGCACUAUUGGAGACUGAAAAAACCGCUCUGUAAAUAAAGCUAAUUAAACGUCUGUGUAAAUUUAAAAAGGGGAAAUACUUUAAUUUUUUUUCUUACUAAAUAUUGUAAAAAUUCUUUGAGCUCAGCUAAAAUAAUGGGGGACAAACAUGCCUACUUUAGUGUUUAGCAGUGUGACGAGGACUAGCAGGAACUUGCUUCAGGAUUUUGAUUUAGUAAUUCAGAAAGCAACAUUUUUGAGUGUUAGUCAUCAAAAUUGUUGGUGCCACUCAUCACAGCUAUCUUACUGUUUUUAACAUGGAUCCUAUGUGCCUGUGGAUUGACCUAUAUUUGCAUGCUUGUACUUAAUAGACAUAUUAGGUAGGGUCGCUGAAGAGAGCACCAUUGAAAUACUCGAGUGUUCUUGUAACUUUUUUUCCUGAAAGACUUUCAAGACUUACCCAAAGUUCCAAAUGGUGACCUAUUCAGAACCAGUUUCUUUCUAGCUUAUUAAUUGGGAAACCUGAUUCUCCUCUCCCUUACAUCAUACAGCUGAAAAUCCUCACUAGAUCAUGUUUCAUCAUCUGUGGGUAUUACGUGUGCCAUUUAUAGUAGUCUAGGCUCCCCUUUAAAAAAUAUAUUUUGAAUUAUUGGUAAUGAUUUUCACCCAUCGUGUUUUCUACACAAUCUCGUAAGGAGUAUGCCUCGAUACAGCACAAAAAGAUGGAGCUGGUUUUCUUUCCUUUUUUUUUUUUUUUUUUUUUUUUUUUUCCCCUCCAUUAAAAAGAUGUAAAAUGUUCUUCAGUACAUUCUGGGUAAUAUGAUUUCACUGGGCUUGAAGGAGGAAAAAGCUAGCGUACUGAGAAUUAAAAAAAUCUUUUUCUUUGAGUACUUGAUAUGAUGCAAUCAGCUGUGUUUUGCAGCGGUUUUCUAGCUUUAUUUUGGGCUUCAAUUUCAGGAUUGCUUACCAGGUACUUUAAAAGUCAUCCUUGCUUGCGUUUUUCUCUAGUUGACACAUGGAGGCUGUGUUGGUGUUUUUACUGUACAUACUUCAAAUGCACAUAGAAGUAGAAGUGUGUUCUCAAUUUAGCUUUCUUUUGGAUUGAUGUUUCUGAUAAACGAGAACUGAAACCUUACCUUGGCUUGUACAUACAGUCAGUCUUUUUAUUCGUAUUAAAAUGACAUUUCAUCCUGAGUGCAAAAGCUUGAAAAUUAUUAGUUUUGCAACUUCAAACACUAGUACAUCUAUUUAAAGAGAGCUGUAAUGUCUCUGUGAAUAUGAUGCUAACUUUUGAGAAUAUAUCUGACAAGGAAGUUCAGAGAAAUCCUGAGACUAGAGAGUGGGGAUUGCGGAUAACGGAGUACUGUACAAGUCAUCUUUUCCAUGACUAUUUUUUCUCCUUAAGCUGUGGAUUAAUGGGGCAGGGAAAUAUAUGUCUGUCUGGGUUUUUUUUCUGGAGCUAUGAAGUGCAAGUUGAAAUAGUUUCACACUUCAUAGGCUGUCCGUUUAUAAAUCAUGCCAGAGGAAAUCAGGAACAUUGUUGUAUCUGUUACAUAUCUGGAGCAUAGUGGGUAGGGGAACAGAACCAGAAAAUAGAGCUGUAGAGACCUAGCUGGUUCGGGGAUGUUCCCUGUCCUGCGCUGUCUGAUCUGUCCAGACUUAAAAUAUUUCAGGGCACAGACAGUCGAUACUUUGAACUCAUAUCAGUGCAAUACUUAAAUGCAUUUGCUUAGUCUUUAUACGUACUGCUUUUCAAGGUGUAGUCAGUGAUCGGUUUUCUUGAGGUAGUGUAAAUCAUUUGCAAUGAUGCCAAAGGAAAUGAGUUGUUUUGUCUUUCCUUGUAUUUAUUUAUUUUUUU